GAGACACUCCGCCGGUCAGACGGUGCGCACUGCUGACCUCCGCACACACAGCGUCACUUCACCGGGACCGAGCUCACAGUCUGAGUCGGGAGGAUUUUCUGCCUGUGGUUUUUUUAUUUUUCAUUAUUAGUUUCUUUGCAGAGCUGCGUGUGGGCUGACCUCUCCAACUGUAAUUCUUUGUUGUAGGACACGAGUGAGGACACAGCAUGCUGUCGUCCCUGAAGACCCUGCUGCUGCUCUCGGUCCUGUGCACACCGACCUCCAGCCUGUGCCUGCGCCUCUACCAGUCCCGCCUGGACCUCCUGUGCGACGACCAGAUGGCGGUCGGGGUCCGGAGCGAAGGGGACGAGCCGGCUUACUCCCCCGUGGACGGCUGGGGGUCCCUCCUUCAGUCCGCGGAGUACCUCUCCUCCUCUUCCUCCUCCUCCUCCUCCUCUUCUGCCGAGUCCAGCCGGGAAAAAAGGACUUCAAGUCCCGCUUCAAACUACCGCUUCAUGAGCCGGACGAAGCUCAGAGGGCAGAUGCUCCGCAACAGCAGCAGCAGCAAAGGGGACCGGAGGAGCAGGCUGACCCUGUCCCUGGACGUCCCCACCAACAUCAUGAACGUCCUCUUCGACGUGGCAAAGGCCAAGAACCUGCGCGCGAAGGCGGCCGAGAACGCGCGCCUGCUGGCUCAGAUCGGCCGGAGGAAGUGAGCAGAGAGUCGGGACAACUUCGCCCCAACAGACAGACAGACAGACAGCCAUGACCAGUGUUGGCCUCCGUGACAUACUCAGAUUACUUUAGAGUGAUGGUGUUGUUUCUCCAGGGUGGAGGGGUGUUUCCUCUCUCCACUCACAUCACAGACACUGUUCGUAUUUAAUUUAGUCUCUCUCAUGUGAAGGAAUCAGAGUUCUCUUAUUGAUAACACAGACAGAAAAAAAACUCCAUUAAAGCCAAUAAAUGAUGAGAACUAAUCAUUUUGAAAUGUGAUUAGUUCUCACCAGUUACUGACAACCCCACACUCUUGUGUUAAAGCCUCUGUGAUGAGAAUGAUUUGUCUGUUUUCUCACCGUCUUUAAUCAAGACAGAAUUAAAAAGUCAAGAGCAAUAAGGACAGAGCUGUGUGACUUGUAUCAAGAUGAAUGGGAGGAAAACAGGAGCUGUGUGCGUUAGAAACAGAUGAAAUGUUCUCAUCCUUUGGCUUUAGGACUCUGUUGGGGCGAAAGGAGGAAUGCCUUCAGAGCCUCUUUUUAUUUUCCAGUAAAAUGAAUGUUUAAUGUGGUUAGCUGGCCCCACACUCAUCAAAUUUUAAACCCCGGACUGAACAAGAAGAAGAAAGCGGUUGCGAUUAGUCAUUCUCACAUCCAGACCAAUGAAAUGUUUUGUAAUUCGGGUUGCAUAAUCAUAACAUUAGAGUUGAUAUAAUCAUGUUUUUCCUCUUCUCCUCUCUCUCUCUCUCUCUAUGUCUCUCUUUGCUGCUUCAUUUCUUUAUCUACUAAGUUCACAUGGGAGCUCACAGUGAUUUCCAGAUUCUGGUGUGAAACACACAACACUGACACUGACAUACUGUACAAAACCAACUGCAAGAUCGUGAAAUACAGUAAAAUGCAAAUGCAUGGGAAUGUAUGUGUUCAUCAGAUGUCUGUUAUUUUUAUACUCAAAAUAAAGGAUUAUUUUUCCUCAAAUAAAGCAGAUGUAACGCACUACAUUUGCCUUUUUUAUAUAAAGACUUUUGCACAAUUAAAUCAAUAAAUAAUGGAUUUAAUUUAUCUUUUUUUAUUACUACUCCACUAAAGCAAGAGUCUUGCUGACACAUCAGCAUGACUUAUUGACCAUCAGG